AUGAGCCCAGCUGCCCAACUCCGACUCUUCGCUCUUUUGGCUUCGCUUUCGCAGGCGUCGCUGGAGUCGGGUAUGCCGCCGUCGGCCUCAUCUUCGUCCCUCAAAUCUGGCGCCGCGGUGCCCCUCGACCUGCGUAAGUGGGUGGGCAAGCGGGUGCUCCUCAUUUCGGCGCACCCCGAUGACAUCGAAGCCGCCGUGGGCGGCACCAUCGCUCUCCUCACCGCCCAGGGUACCGAAGUCUUCUACACCAUCGCCACCAACGGCGACAAGGGCUGCGCCAACCCUCUCUGCGCUGGCUGGUCAUCGGAGCAGAUCGCGGCCACGAGGAGGCAGGAGGCCUUCAAUGCCGCUCGCGUCCUGGGCGUGCCGGAGAAGAACGUGCUGCUGCUGGACUACGAGGACAGCCAGCUCACUUCGUAUCCCUUCGCUCAGGUCAAGGCAUCGAUGAUUGCGGCCAUCAGGCGGUUCCAGCCGCAGAUCGUUAUGAGCUGGUGGCCGUACCCGCGCUUCGAAAUGAAGCCCUCUCAGGGCUGGGCCGAUCUGGGCUACCACCCCGACCACCAGACUCACUUCGAGGCCGGGCUGAGCCUUCUGAUGCCUGAGAUUGGCCCGUCGCCAGCCCAGGUCGAGGAGUACUACAUGUGGGACUUCAUCACUCCCUCGCACUACAUCGAUAUCUCCUCCGUUCUCGACGUCAAGAUCAAGUCGUGGCUGGAGCACAAGACGCAGUACCCCAACAGCACUGCCGUGAGCACCAUGCUUACUGGCCUCGGCCAAAGGGUGGCGGCCAACACCGGCGCCACCAACGUGCGCUUCGCCGAGGGCCUCCAGAUCUUCAGCUGA